CUACUAACACGUUCAGUGACGUGUUUAGUGAAGUGCACUAACGUGUUUAGUGGUGUGUAUUGACGUGUACUGAUGUAUUUAGUGACGGCUGAUGGGUACUAACAUGUUUAGUUGACUAGUACUAACGUGUUUAGCAACGCGAAUUGACGUGUUCACUGAAGACCGUUCAGUGAGGUGUACUAACAAGGUACAAUAUGUCGAUGUUUCGUCCAGGAGUAUUCAAGGGCAAAGUGGCUAUGGUGACAGGAGGGGCUACAGGCAUAGGGAAGGCCAUCACAGAGGAACUACUCACUCUUGGUUGUAAAGUUGUAAUUGCAUCUCGAAGAGAGGAGAAGUUAAAGGAGGCAGUUCAGGAGCUGUGUCCAAAUAACGGUAGACUUGUUGCUAAAGUUUGCAACAUCAGAAAAGAAGACCAAGUCAAGAACCUGAUCACCUCAACACUAAGUGAAAUGGGAAGGAUAGACUAUCUUGUAAACAAUGGUGGUGGUCAGUUUCCAUCUCCUGUAGCCAACAUGAGCCUCAAGGGUUGGAAUGCUGUGAUUGACACCAACCUCACUGGCACCUUCUUAAUGUGUAGGGAAGUUCAUGAACAAUGGAUGAAAGACAAUGGUGGUGUAAUUGUCAACAUCAUUGCUGACAUGUUCCGUGGCAUUCCAAUGAUGGCUCAUACAGGAGCAGCUCGUGCAGGUGUUGAUAACUUGACCAAGAGUCUUGCAGUGGAAUGGGCCUCCAGUGGGGUGCGUGUAAAUGCAGUGGCACCAGGAGGCUCCAUAUACUCUCCUACAGCAGCUGCAAAUUAUGAAGAUAAAAACAUCUUCAGCAAAGCACGUGAAGGAAUUCCAACAAAAAGACUUGGAACAACACAGGAGGUGUCAAGUGCAGUAUGUUUCUUGCUGUCCCCCGGAGCCUCAUUUAUCACGGGUGAAACAUUGAAGGUUGAUGGAGGUGGCAGUCUCUACUCCUAUCUCAUGUGGCAAAUUCCAGAACACGAUAAGUUACCUGCAUAUUCCUGGACCUAUAAACCUUCAGAGGAAGACAAUGGCGAUGAUGUUCCACCAAAGAGCAAACUAUAAUGUAUUGAAGUGGGUCUACAGAUAAUUGAUGCUCCUCACCUCUAGAUUAUAUUUGCAUUAAUUGUCACUAUUUUGUAAUAUUCAUAUAAACAAGUAAGGGAUACCACAAUUAA